AUGUCAAAGAAAACAAUGCGCAAAUACGCUAAGUUUAUCGCUGACAACGAAUUUUUAAAGGAAUUCAUGCCGGACGUUGAUCUCGAAGAUGCGGAUUCAGAGCCAGUGGAAGCUUAUAUAUUCACUUAUUCGCCAAAAUACGUCCGAGUGACACUACGAGAUUAUCAGAUAGAGGGAUUGAACUGGCUCAUUAAAAUGCACGAGAAUGGUAUCAACUGCAUUCUUGCAGAUGAAAUGGGCCUGGGAAAGACAUUGCAGACCAUUGCAUUUCUCGGCUAUUUGAAAUUUGUAAAAGAUGAAAAAAACAAACACUUAAUAGCUGUUCCAAAGUCAUGUCUGCAGAACUGGCACGAUGAGUUUAGCAAAUUUAUUCCUGAAAUGAAGGUUAAAAUAUUUCACACAAGCAAGUCUGAGAUCAAAAAAGAGUCUAAGGUGCUGAUCGACAAAAACUACGAUGCUAUUCUAACAACAUAUGAGAUGUGUUUGUUUGCCAAAUCAUAUUUAAAAGAUGUUAACUGGUCAUACAUUAUCAUAGACGAAGCGCACAGGCUGAAAAACGAAAAUAGCCAGCUAAGUAAAAUCGUUAGGCUAUUCAAUUUCAAGCACAGGCUUCUUCUCACAGGAACGCCUCUACAAAACAAUAUUCAUGAGCUUUGGGCACUGCUUAAUUUUAUUGUUCCUGACUUUUUCAGCAACUCAGAAAAAUUUGAAAACUAUGUUUUGAAUGCCGAUAAGGAAGAAAAGAGUAUUGAAAAACUGAGAAAUGUGCUUCAGCUGUUCUUCCUGCGCAGGGAAAAGAUCGAUGUUGAAAAAAACCUAAUGGCUAAAAAAUAUGUCAACAUCUACUGUCCAUUGAGUGGCAUGCAAAGAGAAUGGUACAAAUCCAUACUCAAGAAAGAUCUAUCUGGUAUAUAUCUUGAUAGGGGUAUUAAAACCACGCUUCUUAAUAUUGUAAUGCAGUUAAAAAAGUGUUGUAAUCAUCCUUAUUUAUUUGAGGGGGCAGAGCCUGAGCCUUUUGAGACAGGCGAGCAUCUUAUCUACAAUUCUGGUAAGAUGAUUAUUUUAGAUAAGCUCUUGUCUAGACUGAAGUCGAAGGGAUCAAGAGUGCUAAUAUUCUCGCAGAUGUCACAGAUGCUUGAUAUACUGGAGGACUAUGCUGUGUUUAGGGACUACAGCUAUUGUAGGAUAGACGGAAAGACAUCAUCAGAAGAUAGAACUGCCGCGAUUGAAGCAUACAAUGCAUUGGACUCUGACAAGUUUUUAUUUCUUUUGACAACAAGGGCUGGCGGCCUUGGGAUUAAUCUUUAUACUGCAGACACUGUUAUAAUAUUUGAUUCUGAUUGGAAUCCACAAGCGGACUUGCAGGCCCAGGAUCGAGCUCACAGAAUUGGGCAGAAGAAGCAAGUUCACGUGUUCAGGUUUAUAACCGACAAUACCAUAGAAGAAGGGAUAUAUCUCAGAGCUCAACAGAAACUCAAGCUUGAUGAUAUUCUCAUCCAAAAGGAGCAUAAAAUUAACCACUCAGUCACUGAAAAUGAGUUGAUGGAUAUUCUAUCACAUGGAAUUGAUAUAAGCCAGAAUGUAUCAACAGACAUGAGCUUAGAAGAAAUUCUUAAGAAGGGCGAGGACAAAACCAGGGAGUUUGAGAGUAGAAUUCAGAGCUUCAAGAUUGCAGAUACAAUUGAGAACAAAAUCGAUCUCUACCAGUGGGAGGGUGAAAACUAUUCCAAAAAGAAGCUUGAAGAGUUUAUUGCUGCCAAUACCGACGAGUCGAAGCCUAAGCGGAUAUCAUUGUUUUCAAAUAAGAAGUUUAAGAGACUUAUCUUUCCGGAAUACCAGUUUUACCCCAAGGAAUUCUAUGAAUUGCAAGACAAGGAAGAGAUGUUGUUCAACCAGGACGAAAAUCUCUCUGAGGAGGACAAGGCGCGCAAGGAAGAGCUUCUUCUAGAGGGCUUUGAUUGGACAAAGAAGGACUUUAAAACAUUCGUAUCCGCCGUUGAGCAGUACUACGAUGAUAUUGAUAAGAUCAAAGCAUCGCUGCCGAAUAAAAGCGAUGUAGAAAGGUACUACAAAGUAUUCAUGGAGAGAUAUCAUGAGAUUUCCGAUAUUUACAGAAUCCCUAGUUUAUUAGAAAGGGCCAAGCAGAAGAAUGAUAGAAAACAUAAGCUAAAAGAAGUGCUCAGUAGACCUAGGGACCAGAUUGAAAGAUACUUGAUCUCCAAAAACAGGUUUUACAUUGACAAUAUCCAUCUUCUUAUGCUCUAUCAAGACCACAUGGAUAGCCCACAAUGUUUCGAUAAGAUUCGUGAUAGUAUUUUACACGAUGAUGACCUGGCAUUUGACUAUUUUCUACUGACACGUUCAACUUCAGAGCUAUCGAAACACAUUAGUAAUAUGCUUUCUCAACUGUUAAAAGCAUUUGAUAUUAAAUAA